UCCCCUUCUCUAUCUGCACCACACAGACGCAACAAAUGACAAAUGAUAGGCUACCACUUGGGGAGCGUAUUCAAUUUACUAUAAUCUAUAAUGUAAAAUGUGUCAUGGUGGCUUAUCGGACAGUUUUCUAUCCCUGGCUGGCUGGCUGAAUGAUAACUAUUAUAUACCUAAACGGAUUGUCGACACGGAUUUCCUUGGGAAUAGGACUGACUACCUGUUGCAUUUUUUUUUUGCUUUUCAUAUUCGAAUCAUGUGGAAGUGUUGAGAUGAGGACGAAGUGGAUUUGGUUCCGCGUAUAAAUUGUUAAAUAGUGAGGCUACCGUAGUUUCGUGCCACAUGUUUUUUCUUCAAUGCGUUUAGUUGAUAUGGCGACAGUUGACUCAACUCGAUGAAACUUCAUCGGCGGCGUGUCCCUGUUGAACACCGCAGCCUAAAGACAUCGGUGUCACGCACCACGAACUGUCAUUGUACAGCCAUCCGUAGGUUAGCCGACGUUGAAAGGAGAGAGAAGAGGAACUUACUUUUUAAAAACUUUUUUAUUUACCUCAACUAAAUUAUGACUUCGGUUUGGAAAAGAUUACAACGCGUUGGCAAGAAAGCGUCAAAAUUCCAGUUUGUGGCGUCCUAUCAAGAACUUGUGUUGGAAUGUACUAAGAAAUGGCAACCAGAUAAAGUGAGGGUGGUUUGGACCAGAAGAAAUAGGCGUAUGUGUUCCAAGCUUCAUGGAUGGCAGCCGGGCAUCAAGAACCCAUACAGGGGGAUGGUGGUGUGGCCCGUACCUGAAAAUGUGGAUAUCUCCCUCACCCUCUUCAGGGAUCCCCAUUCCGAUGUGUUUGAAGACAAAGACUGGACGUUUGUCAUUGAGAGUGAGACGAAGGGCCAACGUAAGGUGUUGGCUUCAGUGGACGUAAACAUGAAGAAGUUUGCCAGUCCCACUCCCACUCAGCAAGACCUGACAUUGAAGCUGAAGCCGCUGUCUGUCAAGGUGCUGGAGGCCACUCUGAAGCUCUCUCUGUCCUGUGUGUUUCUCAGAGAAGGGAAAGCCACUGACGAGGACAUGCAGAGUCUGGCCAGUCUGAUGAGCGUCAAACCCACAGAUAUCGGUAACCUUGACGACUUCAACGAGAGCGACGAGGAGGACGACAGGAGGUUCAGUGCUGGAGCUAGCAUUAGCAAAGCGGCCGCAGCUCCUCCUGCUCGUCCAGUGCGCCUCCCGGAAAGGAGGCCUUCUCCUCUAAAACAUCCGCCUGUCAUAGCCUGUGGGAAAGAGAGUGGCAAAGCUGGCACUGUCCCUGUCCUCCAUUCAAGGCCCCCGCUGCCUGUCCCCCUGACCCCCUCUCCCCGUCUUCAAACCCGCUCCAGACAUGCACGCUCUGUGCCACCCUCCCCUGAGCCCCCCAGGCCACCAGUGCCCCCAGUCCCCUUGGUGCCCUCAUCCUCAGUGCCAUUAGGGCCCCUAGGACCCCCAGUUCCCUCAGUGCCAUUAGGGCCCCUAGGACCCCCAGUUCCCUCAGUGCCAUUAGGGCCCCUAGGACCCCCAGUUCCCUCAGUGCCAUUAGGGCCCCUAGGACCCCCAGUUCCCUCAGUACCAGUGUUUACCCGCCAUCAACCACCCUCCGUAUCAUCAGCGCCCUCACUGCCUGCCUUUACCCACUAUCAACCACCGGCACUGCCCAAAAUCUUCCGUCCCAGCAGCGGCUCAGCGCCUGUGUCUUUUCUGAGUAGUCUCCCGGGGGCUUUGUGUGGCCCUGCAGUGGAUUUGAAGCCCCGGGGUGUUGGUCAAGUGGCCCCCGAUCGGCCCCAAUUUAGACCAGCUGAGCCCCUGGCCUCUGGCCUCUCUCAACACCCCUCUCUACCCUCCGGCCCACAGAGAGGUACCGGAUGCAUGGAAGCUCGCUCAAAUGUCUUCCGUCCUCAGAUUGUAUCGACUCAACAGCGUCCAUCCUCCCCCUCUAUCUUUUCCUCUGCUGCAUCUCUUCAAGACAAAAACACUGCUACUACUGCCCUGUCUCAGGCAGAGCCAUCCUUACCCGAACCUCAGCUCCCCAACACUCCGCCAACCUCCAUCCGGCAAAGGGAGUGGGGGAGGCCCAGGCCUGUGUCAGUCCCCAGUGGCCCCUCUGUCUCUGGCCUGUCCCCCUCCUAUUCCUGUCCGUCUCCCAGGGAUUCCAUGGCCCCUGUCCCUCUGCUGACUAGCCCAGACCUGGAUGCUCUGUGUGACCCUCACUGUCCUCCUUCCAUCCCUUUCCCUAAGUCCUCACCUCCCGUCAAGUGUCUUUUCUCUCGCAACCCUCCCUCUCCUCGCUCUAACAACCACUGUAAACGUGCCCUAGUCGUUGCCCCUCUCUCUGACCCUCUACCCAAGCCUGUCCCUUUGCUUCCUGCGACUGUCUGUGCCUCUGCUUCUGCAGCUCUCACCGCCUCCCAGUCAGAGAUCCAGAGGGAGUUAAAUACUCUCACAGAAGAGGAAUACCACAGUCCUGCUACACUUGGGCCGAAACUGUCAGAGCAGCAGAGCCUGUCUGUCUCAAGUGAGACCCUUCCCCUGGCCCUGAACAGAGGGGACGAGUCUCUCCGCUCCCCCAGAACUGCUGGCACCAUCAGGAUCGCCAACCAACAAGCCUCUGCGUCCCUGGAGAGAGACCGGGAGAGCCGACCGGAGUCAGAGAAAGCCGUGGGGUUGAAAGAUGGCGGGACCAUUAAAGGUUCUGGGCAAGAUGGCAGCCCAGCAACUGGUAUCCCUGGCCCUACGCCCACAGAAGUCUCUGAAUCAGCAGAGCUUAUUCCAGCGCUCCCUCCUCCAUGGCCUUUCUCUAGCCCGGAGACAGAAGCACCAGAGAGCACUACCCCUAAAGAGCCUUCUACCAAUAUCCUGGGAGCAUUUAGUGUUGAUAACCCGCCAUUGGCCGGAAAGAAGUCUGGCUUCAAACAGACAUCCAAUGAGACCAAGGAAGUGCCUUAUCAACCUGCCAAGCCAGAGGACUCCUCUCCCUCAUCCCUGGACAAAACACCUUUUAUUGCAGACAAGCCGCCAUUGGCUGAGCCUGAGCUCGACUUUGAUGACCUAAUCAUAGAGACGCCUGAUCCAUCAGUCACGGCAGAUAACUUGUUUUUGGAGGACAACGCAGGCGAAGAGGGAUCAAAAGCGGACACAAUAAAGAGGUCGCCAUUCAGCAUCUUGAAGACUCAAAUGGAACAUCUGGCUGGAGGUGUUGAACAGGAAGCUGAUGUAAAUUCAACGGCAGGACCAUAUUCAAAAAUGGCAACAUCAAAAGAGCACAGGCCAGUUGACACGCAGCUACUUCCAGAGAUUGUAAACAUCACGUGUGAAGACACAGCCGAGAAGCACGGCAAAGGCCAAGAGAAGCCCGUGGAGAAGAAGCAGGAGAAACAAAGGCCGACACCUGAUUUUCCCUGUUUAUAUGACCUCAACAAGUCAGAUGAAGACAAGGAAAUUAUGAAAAACAUGGCUGCCCUGGAGGCUUGUCCUCCCAGUAUGACAUCCACACCAGCUGAGUCAUCCAGUAUUCAUACUCAAGAGCUCCCUCCUCUGGAGAAAAAGCCAAUCAAAGCUAAAAGGCCAUCAUGGGCUGAGGAGGUUAUGGGCUCCAAAGAGGAGGACAAGAAACAGAUGGACAAUCAACCCCAGGAUGAGAAGGCCUCAUUAUCACAAGCUGAUGAGCACAAAUCGGCCCCCCUUGAAGUCCAAGCUAACAGGAGUGAUGAGGAGUCACAUAGUUCAGAAUGGAAUUCAACGGAAGAGGAGGCAGGCAUUUCGGAAGCCCACAGAGGGGAUACUGGCUGUGUUCAGAAAGAGCGUUCUUCUGACCACGUGUCAUCAAAAGCAGACACAUUUCCCUUGUCAGGCAGUGUCAGUGUAGAUAAAACCAUAGAAAUAGAUUUACUAUCAAAUAUCAGUAAUGCUAUUUCUAUAGUGAAAACCAUGGAUGCCACGCCAGGAAGCCUAGAGACUGUGGCUGAACCCCCUCAAUAUCAAGUUGUUGAACCUAUGGUCCAAUCCAGCUUGACAUUAGAGACCAUAGCUGAGGAUGCAGUGGCGCAGGCAGAGCUUCCCCUCUGGGAGGCCCUGGAGGAGAACGCUCAGGAUCCGAAACCAGAGCAGGACUCUGGAGAGGAGACGAUCAAAGAUGAAGUCCUUGGAGAGGAACAGGGGAAAGUCGAUGAGAACAUGCUAGUGCCGGACGUAGAAUCACCGGAGACAGGCUCAGACAAAGCUGUUAAGCCAGAAGCUGGCAUUAGCAGAGAUGAGGGUCACAAGACAAUCACCUCCGAUGAAUCAGAGGUGUUCCAAAUGCCUCCUACCCCAGAGCCCACACCCCAGUGUCCUGAAUCACUUCUAAAGGAGACUAUUGUAGAGGAGGGUAAAGACAGUGAACCAUCAACUUCACCGUCUACAUCCCCUCGGCACCUCCCCACGAAGGUGUUCAGUAGCUCCACCAUGAAGCGCUCAUUGCAGAUAGACACGCUUGUGUCAUUGGAAGCAGCCAUUUCUCCAGCUGGAGAGUCAGAUUUAAACGAAGAGGACCUAUGCGAUAUGAAGCGUCCUCCCAGCACGGGGGCUGUAGAGGCAGAGAAGCCUCUAUGGGCUGCUUUAGAAGAGAAAACUAAGGAGAAAGGGACCGAGGGAGUAGGCAUGAGCACAUUGGAGGCAACAAAGAGUACCUUGCAAACAGUCCCAUCUGGACAGGGAUCUGUAGCAGAGAUCCACUUGACUGAGUACCUAGAGGACACUCCCCUCCCAUCUCCCUCCAAGGAAAAUAGAGAAACAGACAUUUACUUUGACUGUGACAGUUCAGUGGAAUUGUACACGCCAUCAAAGGAGGAGGCCCCCAUUCGCCUUCAUAAGAAGAAGAAGCAAUUAUACCUGGAAAAAUGUGCUGUUGUCAACACUGAGAGUGAAGGUGAAAGUGAGUCUGGUUCCUCCAUGGUCGGUCCAGGACAAGCCGACAAUGAGCAGCAGCUAGAUCCGGUGUGGAAGAAAAGUUCCGUGGACGCAUCAGAUUUAAGUACAAGAGAAGAGUUGGAAGAUAAGCAGGUUUUGGGGAGGCUGGCGCAGGUUCCCGUAGCUGUACAGGAGGAGGGUCUUGAUGUUGAUGUCUUCAUGAGAGCAUUAGUGAGGGCCAUGUACAGAGGUUAUGAGACUGUGACUUCCAUACUUCAGCCAUCUGGCCUAAUGAUGUCUAAUGAUGAGGUAGGAGAACCAGACUCAAGACCACUUUCUCCAUCUGAGUUUGAGAUCCUACCACCUGAAGCCUUUUCUGAUGCAUUGGAGGAACUCCCAGUCAUGGUCACAGACUCAUCACCGGUCCAGUUGGCCCACAAGAAUGAAACGACUGAAGAGACUGGCAGGCUAAGCUUAGUGGAGACUUUGUGUUUAGCUGCUGUGGAGCAAGAGAUGUUCAAGGAUCCAAUCACAAAAAUUGAGCAAGAGGUCAAACCUCUGAAGGAGUCCACCAAACCACAUAAAGAGACUACCAAACCACUGAAGGAGAGCACAGAACCACUAAAGGAGAGCACAGAACCACUAAAGGAGAGCACAGAACCACUAAAGGAGAGCACAGAACCACUAAAGGAGAGCACAGAACCACUAAAGAAGAGCACAAAACCACUGAAGGAGAGCACAGACCCACUGAAGCAGAGCACAGAACCACUGAAGCAGAGCACAGAACCACUGAAGGAGAGCACAAACCCACUAAAGAAGAACACAGAACCACUGAAGGAGAGCACAGAACCACUGAAGGAGAGCACAGAACCACUGAAGGAGAGCACAGAACCACUGAAGGAGACAAACACUGCGAAGGGUAAACCAGAGAAGGAUGUUCGUCCACCUGUGUUACCACCUGUAGAAAAUGAAAAGGAUGCAAAAAGCUGUACAGACGAUUUCCCACCACUGAGAGAAGCAGAGCUGGAUGAAAUAGCUUAUGAGGAGUGCUUGGAAGACAAUGACGACGCCACCCCUAUCGUUAACUACACUAAAGCCCGUAAAGAGACAAUCAAGGGAAAGACCAAGACAGUGUUCAUGCCUGACAGCGAUUCAGAUGAGUUGGAGUUUGAGAUGGGGCAGGAGGAUAUAGGCACAGUGUGGCUAGCAGAGUUGUACAUGGAUGCAGGUCGAGCGGUGUUCUCUUCUUCACCACCUGCUCCACACGAGGUCAACCGCCCUGAUAGUGUGUCCACACAGCAGGCCACAUCAGUGGGGUCCCACCCUGCAGGACCUAUUACUGGAACCAUUGAACUGGGGCCACUUCCCCGUCGUCGCAGCAACAAAAAAAAAUGCACUCCUCCAGUGCCUCUUCAGGAAGUAGGCCCAGGGAGAGUUAGUCAAGACACGGCACCUGUUGCCAGUUGCCUGGCUCCACCAAAGCGAAUCAAAAAGAAAACUGUUCCACCACCCGAUAAUAUGGAUAGUGAGGCAAUGGCACGAGAGAGCAGCAAAUCUAGCUUAAAGGAGACUUUUAACACUGACGCUAAAGAGGAAGACAUUCCAAAACCACUAGUCCUCGCCAUGGAAACAACUUUUUCAGAUAGCAUUCUGGUGACAGCCAGAGAGAAGGGAGCCAAUGACGAGCCUCAUCUAGCAAAGGAUGAGAAAGAUGUCCCAGAGAAAGAUGUCUCUGUCAGCUCAGUAGUCCCAUGGCCUCUACGGCCCUCUCAACCUGGAACACCUACUACAUGUCCCAAGGUCCCUCACGUAAUCACUACGGAACCCCCCAAAGAGGACCUAAGCCUAAUUGAGGAGGAAAUGUUGCUGCUGGCUAAGAUUAGUCAGAUGGCAGGAGAAGAGCCAUCAGAUGUGCCUGUGUUUGUGCCUGUGCCUGCCACGCACUUCAGGAAACGCCUGAUCCCCUCCUUCCAUGAGGACGACUCUUUUCUGAACCCAGAAGAUCUCCCAGCCUCCGAAGCCAGUGAGGAACAAGAGACUCCGUUACCAAUGAUCCCUCAGGAAGCCAGUCUAGACAGGCCUGAGCCAAACCUCCUAGAUCUAGAUGGAAGGAAAGGGCGGCAGGAAAUCAUUAGUGAGCCCUCCACCAUAGCCGCCUCCUCCUCAAAUCGUAGCCCAUCAGAAACGAUUACAGAGGUUAAUCCGGUGGUGGCAACCACUGAGGGUAUGACAUCAUCAGACUCUGCUGUGAACUCGACAGUCCGUUCAAAGGAGCCAGUGGAGGUUGAGGAAAGUAUCCCGAUGACAGAGACGGUGACAGAUGGGGUACCUGUUGACACAGGGUUGAAAGUAGACAGCGGUGCGCUCUCUACAGUUUACCGUGUCCCUGCCCAAGAGGAGCGCUUGUUAUUGACUGAAACCGGGGCAACAGUCCUCAUUGGGAAGGUGCCUGAAUCAGGGGUCGAGGAGGAGGAUGGUCUUGAGAUAGAACAAGAUGCUACUCUGUGCACUGUAGCUACACCAGUGAACGGGGUGGAUGAACAAUCUGAGACGGCUGAGGGGGGAAAGACGUCCGGUGACCUGGCUGUCCCAACGAUAUGCUCAGCCACCCAGCCAUCCGCACCAGACACCACAACCCAGAGGAACGACCAGCCCCCAGCCACCAGCCCAGGCAGUGAAGAGCCACAGUCCAAUGGACAGACCCCAGCAGAUAAGGGGGUCACCUCUGGUCAAGCGUCAGACACGAUUGUACCUCCCCGACGCAGCAAGAAGAAAACCCUUUCCUUUCCCGUGGUCCUUCAGGAAGUUGCCCCGGUGUCCUCCACUACCAUGGCGGACAAGGAUGAAGCCGAUACUAAAGAUGUGCUAGUCCUCAGCCGACAGGAGAUGUCAGGUCCACUGCCCAGUCCUGGGCUGGUCACCUCCAGCAAGUCUCUGCUGGAGUGGUGCCAGGAGGUUACGAAGGGGUAUAAGGGAGUGAGGGUCACCAACUUUAACACCUCCUGGCGUAAUGGCCUGGCUUUCUGCGCCAUCCUACACCACUUCUAUCCCGACAAGAUAGAUUUUGAGGCACUGGAAACCAACGACAUCAAGUUAAACAACAAGAAGGCCUUUGAUGGCUUUGCCGCGCUGGGCAUCUCCCGUCUAAUGGAGCCCUCAGACAUGGUACUGCUCUCUGUGCCAGACCGCCUGAUCGUCAUGACUUACCUGAGUCAGAUCCGCACCCACUUUACAGGGCAGGAGCUGAGUGUGCUUCAGAUAGAGCAUAACAGCAGCCAGUCCAGCUAUGCAGUGACUGAGCCCAGUCAGGGUUCUGAUGUGGACGCUGCUGCUCGCUUCUGUGCCCGCAAGCUACAGGAAGGUAGCAUCUCCCUGGAGGACGGUGCGACAGAACAGGCCUCUAAGCCCAAUGGGAGCCUAGUGCCACCGCCUCGGACGAAACGGUUGACAAAGGGGGAUGAGAAGGGGAGCGGAGCUGGGGGUUUGGAAGGGGGAGCGGGUGGAUCACAGACCCCAGUGCCUCCACCCAGGUCACACGCCUCUGCAGCGAAAUCCGGAUUUGGUCACGUGAGAGAUGCCGACCUGGUGAAGAAAAGGCGCUUGCGGCUGAAGAGUGAGUCUAUGGAUGAAGGGGAUGGGCUGGAGCAACAGAGUAGCACAUCCAAGAGCACAGAGUCAGCUGAAAGUGUAUCAGACAGAGCAGUGAAGAACGGCACCUCAGAAUCAGAGACAAUGAGCCCAGUGCCUGUCCAGGAGUCCAGUGUCCCAAGCCAGGAGGAGGAUACUCUGCGUCUGCAGGACACCAGUCAGUAUGUGCUGAGUGAGCUGCAAGCCCUGGAGACUGAACAGAAGCACAUCGACAACCGAGCAGGCGUCGUGGAGAGGAGACUCAGAAGACUGAUGGAAUCAGGUAGCGACCAGGACGAGGAAGAGAAGCUGAUCCAGGAGUGGUUCACUCUGGUCAACAAGAAGAACGCCCUUAUAAGGAGACAGGACCACCUGGAGUUGCUGCAGGAGGAGCAGGACUUGGAGAAAAGAUUUCAGCUACUGAAUAGAGAACUCCGAGCCAUGAUGGCCAAUGAAGAGUGGCAGAAGACUAAGGCCCAGCAACACCGGGAGGAGCUCCUGCUGCAGGAACUGGUCUCUCUGGUCAACCAGCGGGACGAGCUGGUCAGAGACAUGGACGCCAAAGAGCGAGGGGCCGUUGAGGAGGAUGAGCGCCUGGAGCGGGGGCUGGAGCUUAGACGCAGGAAGUUCAGCAACAAAGACAAGUGUGUGCUACAGUGAGAGAAGGGACAACAAUGACAAAUACCAACCCAUCCAGGAACUAAACCUCCAUAAUCCCUGCUUCAUACCAAGCUCUCACUCACUCAGCAUCCUACAGUAUGAAAUACCCCUAGGAACCUGCCACCCCAGCAACAAAUCCAAAGCCCUCUGCACCGAUGGGAUGAUUGUCAAGCAGUGUUUUCUCUCCUUAACUGGGAUUUUGGGACUGGUCAUUAAUGAUCAAUUACGUCCCCUGGGACACUGGAGCUGUGUGCCUUCCCCUUUGGAGAUACUUGAACCAAAUUUCCCCCUGUACGGUGAAGGUCCCUCAUCCACUUCAAACUUUUGAUUGAAAAAACGAGGACCUGUACAGUUGUCAGUCAAUAUGCCUUACUCUGUCAUUCAGUAGACAGAAAGCCCACUGUACCAACAGGUGUGUGUGUGUGUGUGUGUGUGUGUGUGUGUGUACCUUUAGCCCACCGAGAAGAUAAGUGGUUCCGUAAUUAAGUGCCUACUCUCACAUCUGUAAACAUGUCAUUGAUCUUAUCUGGUCCGACAAUAUACGAUAAUCAACUAUAUUAGAUAGUUUGUUCUUUGCCUUAAUGCUUUGGUGGAACUGGCUAUUAAAACAACGGUCUGGUGGUUUCGCGCAAAAUAUUAAAAGGGCUCUGUACACAGGAGGACUGACCGUUCUGUGUUUUACUUUGGACCCAGAUGUUUGACGACAGACUCAAGUUUGUGAGAGUACCUCGUAUUGAGCUUCUCUGGUGUCGAAUGUGUUUUCAAUCCUUCUUUUAUUUAUGGUUUGGACAUUUUGCAUGAGAAAUGUUUGGGUUCGGUGUGUGUCAUAUUGAGCAUAUAUGAACAGUCAAUCAAUCAACUCCGAAAUGAAAGGAAAAGAGGACAGUGAACAAAACGUGAGACUUUAGUUGUAGAGAGAAGCUAGUAGUACUACUUGGAAUACAUACAGGACAAUAAAUACCAUCCUGUAAAUAUUAAUAUUUAUACUCUGUUAUAACCUGGCACUGCAGUUCUUUUCAUGUUUUUUUGUUUGUUAGCAAAGACCUUUAGUUUCACAUUUCUAUUAUCACUGAUGAUGAUGAUGAUGAUGAUGAUUUGUUACUAACCACUGGUCCAACUGAAAAUGCAAUGGCGUAUUACUUUGUCCCAGCCUCUUUUUAAAAAGGACAUUCGAACACAAUAUGUUUUGUUUAAACCAGGGAAUGAUAAAUAAUACAUUUUUGAAGUUUAAAAA